AUGGACGCUCAAAUCCGGCCUUCUAAACGCGACUGCGACUGGUCUUUCAAUUUCAGAUCAAACUAUGGCUCUUACGACUCCGACUCCGAUGAUUGCGACGAACCGCCAGCCACUCAAGCUUCGAAAGUGCCCUCUGAAGCAAAGUUUCUGCAAGAAAUAGAUCUUUCCAGACGAGAAGAGGCGGCCGUUUAUAAGCCGAAUCCAUUCAGUAUUGCCAAAAUCAACGCCGCAUAUCGAAAAGGUGCACAAUAUCGACCAGCCGCUCCGCGCGACCUUGCGGGAAAGGCUACCAGCAGAAGCCCCGUACCCGGAAGCAUCAUGCACGGUUUCAAGGUCCAAGCUUCCCGGGCACCUUCGGUUUCGAAGAGGGAUAAAGCACCGGAACGUCAGCCACCUGCAGCGCGCUUGCUUCAAUCCCAUGAACCCCACGAGCUGAGUUCAUCAUGCCCGCAAAACGACUUGCUCCUUUCCGACCCUCGCAUGUCAAGCCAGAAACCUGAGAACUUCCAAAAUUCAGACGCCGUCGGUCUCUAUAAGAUCUCCUGCGACGUUCUUGUAGACACGUCUACCUCCUUCGCGACGAACGGUGCGCAUAUAUCCACCCCAAGCACUGCGGCUGUCGCUUGUCUCGAACGUCGUGCAGAAGUCGAUCAUCGCAAGGAGGUCCCUUCGACGAUGAGCAUCCCCUCGGACAACCCAACUGCGCGUUCGAUACACAAGCCACGAUCUGCCAGAGAGCCGUCGCCGGUCCCCAUGAAACGGUCUGCUAUAUUUACGCCCCGUAUCUCGCGGCCAGAUCGGCCCCUCUUCCAUUCGUCGCCCCUGAAGGCUCCUGUACUGCGAAAUCAUCACAAUACACGGCCUUUCACGCCAAGCCCACCUGGUCAUCGAUUACCGAAUCGUUCUCUAGCACGAACCCCAGUUCCACGGCUCUCACAGGUUGUCGUUCCGCCGAAGAUCCCUCAACAAGGAUCCUGCAUCCUCUCUUCCCAUGCUUCAAUCAAGCGCGAAGAAGUGUCUGAUACUCUCCCAAUACACGGAGCAACCUCUGCACUUCGACCUCGUAAACCCCUCAAGAAAGAAGAAUCCGCUUACGACUUUUCUGCUUUUGCACAAUUUCCCCCAACUGCAAGCGAAGAAGCCAAGUUUCAACCCAGUCGGUCUCAUCAGCCAACAAAUGUCGCCAACAAGAAUCUUUGGGCUUAUCAAAGAGAAAGCAACGGUUUGAAUAACGGGAUUUCAUCCGAAGGAGUUACGAAGAGGCGUGUUAUUACAGCAAUACCUUCACGGGACGCAUAUAGCUUUGCCGCCAACGACCCCGACGAAGUUUGGAGCACCCUGCCCUCGCGAAAGAAGAAAAAACCGAACGAACCCGUUGCUUUCCCGACUCUUACAAACUCCUUCCGAUUGCCAGGCUUGCUCGCUCCGUCGGUCUCAGCUGGGACGGAAAGCGCCGUUAACAAGGCCUCUGGCAGGCGAGUGACGACAUACCUACCGCCUCCGCCUCCGGCAGCUCUCUCAGCCACUCGACCUCGAAAGAGCGACGAACCUCCCAUCCAGGAAGGCGAUAAAUGGGAUAUCGAGCUCCCAAUGACGCCACCUCGAGAGGCUGCAAGGCGAAAAAUAGCUCCUCUGUCUCCUGUAAAGGACGAAGGCCACGUUGAGAUGGCCAAUCUUGAAGCGGCUGCGUAUCCAUCUCCCGGAAGUGCGAGGCGGCCUAUCUCUCAAAAGAAGGAGUAUGGCGUUGAAGGUGCCACUGCCGCUCUGUCUGUCAAAUUAAAAGAAAGGACAUAUCACCCACCCUCGCCUCCGACGUCAGACCCUAUCAUACCUCCUGAUGAAGGCGAUAUCCGCAUUCAACUGGACCUUCGAAUCGUGCGAGAUAAAUACGGUCAGACGAAAGCCCAGUUACAGAAGGUUUCGUCCCUCUUUGAAAGCUGUCUCUGCUCGUUUUCGUCUUGCUCACUUCUUAUAACUAUCCCUAGUAGCGCAGACGUGCGUUGGCUGACUUCCGAGCCGGACUUGAGCUCGAGAGCUGUGGCGUCGUCUAUAAAGAUGCCCGCGAUAUGA